UUGCAGCUAGGAAUUCCAGUGUGCGAAAAACUUUAAGAUGGCCAAGUCCAAGAACCACACAAAUCACAACCAGAACAAGAAGGCCCAUCGCAAUGGCAUCAAGCGCCCCCUGCGCAAACGCCACGAGUCCACUCUGGGUAUGGAUGUGAAAUUCCUGAUCAACCAGCGCUACGCCCGCAAGGGAAACCUUUCCCGCGAGGAAUCCGUCAAGCGUUACAACGAGCGCAUCGCUGCCCAGAAAGGCAAGCCCGCACCCGUUACUUUGUAGAUGAUUGCCCCGUUUGUGGAUAAUUAAAGGACAAUUCAGUUUUACAAAA